GUGCUCUGUGUAGUCUGUGUGGCUUGGUGGCUUGUUGUUUUUUGUUUUCCAAAAAUUUUUUGUAAAAUAAUAAAAAGCAAAGUAAUAUUUAAGUUAUUUCUAUUUAUCUGAAAACCAGUCUCAAAUUAGUGAUAAAAAUCAUUAUGACGACAAUUCGGCCGUUCACGUGCGAAGAUAUGCUCUAUUUUAACACUGUAAACCUGGACCCGUUAACCGAAACAUAUGGGUUAUCAUUUUAUACACAAUAUUUGGCUCACUGGCCCGAAUAUUUCCAAGUAGCUGAAUCUCCGAGUGGGGAAAUAAUGGGAUACAUUAUGGGAAAGGCAGAAGGUCAUGGUGAGAACUGGCAUGGGCAUGUAACUGCGCUGUCAGUUAAUCCAGAUUAUAGAAGGCUGGGAAUCGCAGCAACCUUGAUGAAUAUACUGGAGGAAGUGUCUGAAAAGAAAAAGGCCUACUUUGUUGAUUUAUUCGUAAGAGUGAGUAAUAAAGUAGCAAUCAAUAUGUACAAAAAUUUGGGGUACAUUGUGUAUCGCACAGUUCUUGAAUACUACUCAGGAGACCCAGAUGAAGAUGCUUAUGAUAUGAGAAAAGCCUGUUCUAGAGAUGUGAAUAAAAAGUCUGUUAUACCCUUGGCGCAUCCAGUUAGACCUGAAGAAGUGGAUUGAAUUGACUAAGAAUAAAAAAACUCAACUAGUUUU